AUGUCAUCUAGUUCUACUGUCUAUUCUCAAGGGUUCAAUUUUAGCGACUUUUUGCAGAAAGGCGUCGAUCCACGCACCGGUCAAUACACGUGUAUGGUUGAUCUGUAUGAAGCACCAAUUCAAGCCAGAAACUGUCCUCCUUUCAAGCUCUCCUUGUCCUUCCAUCCAUUGAACACACAAGACGUUGGAUUGGGUCAAGGAUGGAGAUUCAACCUCCCUUCUUAUGAACACCGUCAGUCGAACCGGGUCGUCAGCCUCUCAACAGGCGAGUCUUACCGAGUUACCGAAACAUCUAGCACACUCUUUACCACCGAUCAAAAGCUUAAGAGCUCGACUUUCAAGAAGUUAGAUGCCAACACAUACCAGAUCACUUAUAAGUCGGGUCAAAUCGAGAAUUUGUCAAGUUUCAACAAUAGAUACAAUAAGUCUGUUCUUGUUGACUUAUAUGCAUCUACUGGACGCUCGCUAUCAUUUGUUUGGUCUGCACUUGGUGAGAUUGCUCGCCUCGACAAGAUUCAGCAAGGUUCAGAAAUUCUUCUUGAGGUUAAGUAUGGGACAUCUCAAGUGGAGAUAACCAAGGCCCCAAAUACCCCCGAAGCAGCUACCUUUACCCUCAUUCAAAGAAACAGUCAGCUGGUCGAGAUCCGUUUGCCUUGGGAUGGAGCAUCCUGGAAGUUUGGCUAUCAGAAGUUCGGUCAAAUGGUUCAUCUGAACAAUGUAACCAGCCCGUCCGGUCUCGUGGAAGAGAUCAGCUAUAAAGAACAAGGACAUCGAUUGCCAACAGGGGCCCCUUACCAGGCAAUUCCUUAUGCCAUAUCUCAUACUGCACGCCCUGGCAAUUCACAACCUCCGAUCACAACCUCCUACACCUAUUCUGACUAUAACUUUCUUGCAUAUGGUAGUAGUCAAAACUGGAAAUACGGAGAAGAUAAUUUGUUCCUUACCCGUGACGAAUACCAAUACACCUCAACUGUUCAAAUUCAAGGCGGAAUAAGAACGAAGAAUACUUACAAUAAGUUCCAUCUUCUUGUCACUUCUGAACAACAAAAAGGCAUCAAACAGGUCACCCAGAAGAUCACAUAUCAUGCGGUCCCAUUCGCACCAUUCGAAAAUCAACCUGCACAAUAUCAAUUACCUAAAACUGUUGAAACUACCUACAGGGAUACAGCUAGUCAGGCAACCCGUACAGAAACGAGUCAUCAUGUCUUUGACGAAUGGGGAAAUCCUAUACAAGACAUCAAACCAACUGGUAUCAGAAUCGAUCGAAAUUACUAUCCAGCAGCUGGUGAAGGCAUAUAUUGCCCACGUGAUCCACAUGACUUCCAAAGAUAUUUGAAACGCGAGACGGUAACACCAGCCAAUGCUUCAGGGCCAAUUCGCAGUGAGAAUUAUACAUAUGCCCAAAUGCCCACGGCGAACGGCACAAAGACGAGCUAUCUUGUCGUCCUCCAACAGAAGCAAAAUAUGGAGGGAAAUAAGCUUCUUACUAAGUUCGAUUACACUUAUGUGAACAAUACUGCAGCAAGAGACCAUACCCGCCUUCAGAGACAGGUGACACGUCUUUUUGACCAGUAUCCCACAACACAGAAUUGGACUUACACAUAUCCCAGUGGCAGUCAGUUCGUACAGACGGUGGCUACUACAGCUUUUGAUGCUUCUACGGUGGUGGAGGAAACGAGCUAUUCACUGUGGUCUGGGCUUACAGCGACUCAUAAGAACCAAACUGGUAUUUCUACCCAUUACUAUUAUGACAGUCUCGGUCGCGCUUCCAAAACGGUUCACUCUCAAGGUACCCCCUAUGAAUCCGUUGAACGUCAGGAGUACAUUUUCCUUGGAGUUAACAAUGGAUCGCGUAGAACAGUGAUUGAUGCAAAGGGUGUACAAACUCGCUACAUUACAGAUGGCUUGGAAAGGCUUUGGCGGGUUGAGAAACAGGAUGGCCAAGUGUUUCGGCUGAUCCAGGAAAAUAGCUACAACGCUCAGGAUCAACUCAUCACAACAUCUGACAUUGAUUGGCUGAGAACAGAAAAGAUCGAGUCACCAUCUGAGCAAAAGAACAUCAAGUCAAUGGAAUACGAUGAUUGGGGCAAGGCUUAUAGGGUGUCAGAUAAUUCUGGCUUGCGUAAAUUAACCAAUACAGACCCAAUUGCCAACACAAAAGUUGAGGGCGUUGAGGGCGAGGGAAUGACUAAGACCAAGUUGAAUCUCUUUGGCGCGCCCACACAAACAGCGCUCUACCACAAAAACAACACCCUCUACAGCAAGAUGGACUACACCUACGAUGGCUUAAAUCGUCUUCUCAGGCAGCAAGAUAAUCUUGGUCGUGUAACUGAAUACAAACCCGAUUCCUUUGACCGCGUAGUUGAAACUAUCUGGCCUGGUACUCGCGUGGUAAAGACACAGUAUGCGAGUCAAACCACAGCCUUAUUGCCAGUUUCAGUGAAGCUUAACGACCGAUCAGUAGGCGAACAAUCCUUUGAUGGAUUAGGCCGUGUUACGAGGAAAGUUAUCGGCACACGAACUACCAGUCAAAGCUAUCAGGGGAUUUCACCCGAGCCUUCACAAAUAACCAACGCAAAGGGAGAGCAACACAACCUAACUUAUCAGUCAGCUUUGAAUAAUGCGCUUACCCAAAUAUCCAGUAGUAGCCAUACAGAUGCUUAUACAUAUGACGCUCAAACUGCUGCUCCAUUGCAAUUCAAAGGUGCUUAUUCUACCCACGAUCUACAAUACUUGACUUCUGGACUACUUUCUCGGGAAACUAUAUCUAUCAAUGGAGGCCAGACACUCUCUGCUCUGUACACUUACUCGAUGGCAGGAAAGUUGCAAAAAUAUACCGAUGCGAACGGGAAAUUGCAAGUGACUCAGUAUGACGCGUUCGGAAGACCUCAACAGGUAGCACAAGGCAGAUUGAAAGUAUUAUUUGUCUACGACAGCGCGAGCCGUGUGAUAGAAAGCCGUGUUCAGGACGAAGAGAAGAAUACAAAGAUAACUACCAAACUGACAUACGAUGACUUCGGUAGGGAAAUCAAACGAUCUGUAUACAGCGGCGAGUCAAUAUUGAUAUAUCAUCUCAGCCAGACAUACAAUGUAAUUGGUCUUGUAGCUUCGCGCCUCCAGGAGAAAAGUGGUACUGUGAUGCGAAAUGAGAGUUUCGAAUAUGAUGUCCAUAACCGUCUUGUCAACUAUCAAUGCCAAGGAAGCGAGCCUCCCGCAGAUCAACGAGGAAAUUUUCUUAGAUCGCAACAAUUCGUCUUCGAUAACUACGAUAACAUUGUACAGACUUACACAGUAUUUCAAGGCGGCAGUUCAAAUACUUCCACCAGCUCUUUUAGCACACAAGACCCUACUCAACUCAUUCGAGUCACCAACUCACAUCCAGAUUAUCCAUCCAUUGUCCUCGAGUAUGAUUAUAAUGGAUGCUUGACACGCGAUGAGCAAGGCCGAAGACUCCAGUAUGAUAACAUGAGCCGCUUGACUGAUGUGCGAGAUGUCAAUAACAAUGUUCUUGCGCAAUACUUGUAUGAUGCGGCGGGAAACCUAGCGUGUCAGAGAGUGCCCAACCAGCCAGAUACAAAGUUCUUCUAUAGGGGAUCGCUUAUAGCCGUGCAAAAAGGAGAUCGUUCGGUUAGCUAUCUAUCGAAUGGAUCGGAAUAUUGGGGAGAAAUAGUUUCUCAACAAGGCGGAAGCACCGAAACCCAUCUCUGGGCUUCUAAUUGUCAACAGUCUGUUCUCACCACAUUGGAUUCUCAAAAUCCUAACCAGAUUCAAAAUCAGCAGUAUACGCCGUAUGGAUGUUCUGGCUCUGAAGCUGGGUCUUCCUUUCCCUCUAUUAGCUUUAAUGGACAAUGGCGAGAUCCCAUUACAGGGUGGUACCACUUGGGCAAUGGGUACCGAGUCUACAAUCCUCAGCUUCAGAGAUUUCAUACACCUGAUCCCUGGGCUCCAUUUGCAUCUGGAGAAAUCAAUCCUUAUGCAUACUGCUUGGGAGAUCCCAUCAAUCGAGUAGAUCCAAAUGGCCACUUCAGUCUCUUUGGCAUGAAUUUUACGUGGAAAGAUCUCAUCAUGGUGGUGAUUGGAAUUACCGUUAGUGUAGGGGUUGGAAUUCUGACUGGUGGUGCAAGCUUGGCUAUACAGGUUGGUGUUGGUCUCGCAGCAGGUGUGUUAUCAGAUGUAGCAUCUGGUAUGGUUGGAAGUUUGGCAAUCGGAGAAAAAAUAACUUGGAGGAGUGUUGGUUUAGAUGCUCUUGGUGGGUUAUUAGGUGGAAUGGGCGGUGAAGUUGGUGGGAGAUUUCUAAAACAGGGAUUCAAAGCUACCAAAGCCUUGCCAACAGCUCUCAAAAAGACAGUAGGCCGGGCAGGCUCAUACGCUGUCACAAAAGAAGCGGCGGGCGCGGUUGCAAGUAAAAGUAUAACAGUGUUGAAGAGCGGAUUGAGAGCUUCUGCUCGAGGGCUAAUUCCUGGGCAGGCGACAUCACGAUCGUUGGUUCCUCUCAUUGCCCCUGAUCCACAAGAUGGAACCGAGCAAUCUCAAGGGGGGUCUUCCAAAUUGAUAUCCAAUAGUGGCAACGAUGACUUUUCGACUGCCCCGCUAGGACGUUCCGGGCCUGCUCAAGUUGGUAGCCAGUCUUUCUAUCUUGACAGGGGAUCUUUCAUGAUGAGAGAUGUUAUACGGCCUCUCAUGAGGGAUGGUGAUGAUAUCGCCAUGUCGACAUCAUUCAUGAGCAACUAUGGAAAUGUGUCUAGCGCUGGACAAUCUGCUGUUGCAUCCCUACUCGGGCGUGAAAUUAGGUUUACUUAUGGCCCACUAACUAAUUUGCAAUCGGAGGAAGAUUCUUAG